AUGGAUCAGCCCAGAGAAGGCGACUUUUUCCCUGAUAAGCUGCCCAAAAGUGUCAAGAUUCGCCAAACCUGCAAUGCAUGUCAGCAAGCCAAGAUUCGCUGCGGCCAUGAGAGGCCCUCCUGCAAAAGAUGUCAGAAACACAACAUCGACUGUAUUUACAGUAUAUCUCGUCGUCUUGGCCGACCGGCUAAAAAGAGAGAUCCGCAUCUUGAUUCCACAGGCCAGAAUGACGGACCUCUGAGUAAAAAGGCACGGGGUCCCAAGAAGAAGAAAGUCAAGGAAGAACCUAUGGCAGAUUUCACCGCGAAUGAUUUGUCUCUUGACGGUGAUGACAAGCCACUUUUUGACACCCUCACAUUCGAACAAAGCCAAAUCGAUGAUAUGUCCGUCGAAAGCGCGAGUUUGCAGACCCCCACUUUGAUGGAAAUAGUCACAGCGGCACCCUUCUCAAAUAAUCUUGACACGGUCUCGGAUAGCUGGUUCCACGAGUUCAUGUCCAUCACCGACCCGAAUCAGAGUUGCGGGUUCAUCGACCCGUUCGAGAACGACGGCAAGGUGGAUAGCAGAACGCCGAUGGACUUGGACAGCGUUCCUGUCCCAUCGGAAGGUUUCUCAGACUCGACAUCUGAAGGACUGGACCCGCCUUCAUCCUCCAGUUAUUAUCCUGGUAUUAACCGCAGCCUGACCAACGGCGACCAACUUUCCAGCGGUGCCCUGGGACUUCUCCAAGGCUCUCCGACGUAUCCUGACCAUACCAAACAGGAUGUUUAUUCUUGGUCACAACCACAGCCCUUGCAACCGUUAGGUGGGGACUUUGCUGAGCCAUCAGGCUUUUUUCCUCAAGUCAACACGAAACGGCCACACGACUACGGUUUUGCCGAAAAAGACUUCAAAGCAAGCUUCAACAGUUUUCCGAAUAUCUUCCCAUGCCAGAACCAUGAGCAAGCCGUUUGGGAUCUAGCCCGAAUAAAUGCCUAUGCCAUACAGUCCGGUCCUUCCAUUGCCAUCGACAGCAUUCUUACGCGCCAACGAGUGCUGCAGCAGCUGAUCGACACAAUCCUGCAGUGCCGGGGCUGUUCACGAAUAACGGUGAACUUUCUCAUAUCUGUCAUCCUCGGUAUUGAUGGCCUCAUCACCGCACUGGACUCGAUAACUUCCGCCGAAAAUGAUGUCGUUGAGAGACUGUUUCCCGAGUACUUCGGUCCUUUGGCGCAAGAGUACAGAGCUGACUCAGGGCUAGCGCCACAGAGCCGGAGAUUCAAAGGCGAGAGUGCUCAUCUAAGGUCUCAACUUGAUGCAUGUCCAUUGAUAAUUGGGGGAUUCUGCGUGUCAUCUGAAGAAAAGUUUGCAUUUGUGAAGCGAGUAUUGAAACGUCGCCUGGAAGGAUUGCAUAGAACAGUCCGGCAGAUCCUUGCUUACACGCACGAGUUCCUGACACCUUCGAGGGGGAAAGUGCUACUGAUGAAAGAGACGUACCAAAGGCUGCGACGGAUCAUGGCCUACCUAAACGCUUGUUCAGGGGCAGAGCACAUGAAUCAGGGGCCAACAAUGCCGACGUACCCCAACAUCAACACAGCAGAAAUAGGCAACACCUGUCUGUCAAUCGACCGCAUAAUUUACCACCUCAUCCUUGCUUCGAUGGAGUCAGAGGCUACCUGCCAGUGUUCGAUAAGCGCUUUGCAAAUUAUGAACGAACUCCGAAGUGUGCCCACUGUCGUUGAGUUCGAGACGAUCCUCGGUCUCGUUGACCGUAUACAUAGUCAGGGUCAAGCGAUGCUGAAGUGCAAAGAAUGCCGAGCAAACCCCGGAUCGACUCUCAUGACGCUUCCGGCCCUCACCGACCAGUCGCUCGCUUUGUUCGAGGCAGCCUGCUUGGAGUACAAUGUUACGCGGAAGGACGCCUUGUUCGACUCAUCACUGCCUCAAUUCCUUUGCAUAAGAAGCAAGAUGAAGCUCGGGCAAAUGGAUCUUGACGACGACGAGACGGCGGUUCUGGUACGGAUUCUCCUUGGGAAAAAUUCCAUGAAACUGCUGGAGCUGCUGAAAGGGUUGCAAUCUCUCACAAAGGAUAGCCAGCCACAUAGGACGGGCGUUGCGACAUUGAGGGCGUGCGAGUCUUCUGUGGAACCUUCAAUCCGUCGCCUUGCUGCGUUCAUGGAGCAGAUCGAGCUCGAGCCAGAGCGACGUCGAAGAUGUGUACAAGACGGUAGACCAGGCUCAGCGUGGCCAAGGCCUCUCAAAGUGACCGGUCCAUUGACCCCAACCAAUUACCUUGCCGACAAGGGCCUUUUUAAUUUGGCGUUUAGUCACCUUAUCGGGCCGGUCAAAGUGGAGAGGCUCGUUGAGAGCUAUGAUGGUAUACACAUAUCGAUGGACCCCAUGGCCCAAGGGGGCUGCAGCGCCAAUAUAAGGUGUCCCCCUCAUGUUCGGAACAUAACCCCAGCCUGCGAGGGUAAGACGGCCAGCGCAAUUUCUGUCCUGUUCAAUAUCGUCGGGGAAAGCUUCGGUAGUGGUUGGUGGGAUGCCGAAGAAAAGACCCUCUGGCAUUUUGCCGACUUUGCCGUCAUCCAAACAGGUGUGGUUUGGGAGAUCCUGCUCAGCGCAAAGGUGAUCAAGUUGACGAGGAAAAACAUGACAGUCUUGAUGGCACGAAACAUCUCGAGCGAGAACGAGCGAACUACGGUCGGCGAUGAGAGCGGGAUUAGAGGCAAGGCGGAUAAAAAUACGAUGAAUAGAGCGUAG